CAGGAAUGGAUAAAUCGAAAGAUCCCGACAGAAACAGAUGUGUGAAGAAUAAUAACAUCAAUGUUAAAACAACAGAUACGGUGAUAACAUGUAACUCAAAUGGUGUUAAAACGGUCUCCAAUAUUCUAAAUGACCGAGUGUAUACGAAUGGUGAUUAUAAGGUAAUCAAAAUCCAGGAUGAAAGAGAUUCGUGUAAAAAGGAAGAAGAGGAACCCAGGAAGAAACGGGAUUCAGAAGUUGGACGAUUUGUAGAGGUGAAAUAUUUGAACUAUUGGACUUCUUCUUGUUGUGUUUAUUUUCUGGUGAUCUUUAACAAGACUACAGCAUAAAAUAGUUUCACAACUUUAUUGAUAAGCUGUAAUGGCUUUGCAGGUUCCUCGUUCUCAAUGAUAAUGGCUGCUAGGAAUUUAUGGUUAUUAAAGAAGAAACGUAUACAAGAGAAAUUGGUGUAUGUGAUAUCUCUAACCACUAUAGUUAUACUGGUUCACGGUCUCUUCUCUGUUCAAUGGUUAUUACCAUAUUAUUAUACCAUUACUACACCUAUUCUACUACUCAUCAGAAUUAUCAUAUAUUGGAUGGCACCACAUCAAGCUGAAUUAUUUAUUGUAGUGUUUGCGUUGGCUAAUGGACCCAUGGUGUGGGCGAUGGUAGUAUUCAGGAAUUCUUUAGUUUUACACUGUAUCGAUAAAACUACCUCGGUUUAUAUCCAUCUAUUACCAGCUCUACUCUCUUUUGUAAUACGUUGGUAUCCACGGAAGUGUUCAAUAUACUGGUACAGUGAGUUUAUACCCGUCAUAUUAGAAUGGUCAAUGUUGUGGAUUAUAAUCAUUCCUCUAGUCUGUUUCAUUCUUCAUAGCAUGGCGAUUGUUAAUAUAUAAUAUAUUCAACUGGUUGUUUUGUUUGAUAUGCGUUACCAUGACAGUCAUAUGGUAUAACUAUUUUAUCGCUCACUGUGUCUUUCUUGGCGCCAUGUUUUUAAUGGUGUCCUAUAAUGACGCCAGUUUUUAUAUGGACGUGUUCAGUGUCCGAGCAGAAAUAUUUAAAUGUAAAACAAAUUAACUAAAAAGUUCAAGUUUUAAAAAGAAUGAUUCACUGUUUGAAGUUGUUACCAUGAACAAGUUAACUAAAGACAAUAACCCAAAAAGUUCAACAAAACUAUACAGUUAUAUGGGACAACAAUCACUGGUUUAUUAUACACAAGCACGACGUUUCGAUAAGUAUUCUCUUAUCGUUAUCAAGCACAACUCUGUCAUUUCUACUUCUAUGUAUACUAAACCAUAAAACAGUUAUUUCAUUAUAUUCUGGUUCUUUUUUCGUUAUGGUCUAUUUUUUUUGUAAGAUCUAGUUGUAUUUUGUUAGUUUUUGUUUUCUCUGAACUCGUCUUAAGACGAUUGCUAAUAUAAAUCUGUAUACCAUUCAUACACCUUUAUCAGUGAUGUGAAACAUUUCUUCAAAACUGGUUGGAUUAAGAAAAAGAAGGUAUGUAACCAUAUUUGUAUCUUUUAUAAGUAUCGAUGUCUUAUCUCGCAUAUUCAACGUGACCAGACAAUAAAAAAUUAUAUGU